AUGGUAAAGAAACAACGCGGUAGGCAUUCACCCGAAAUAAGUGAAGAGGAGAGAAUGGCAGAAGCAUUAGAGACUAAGCGAGCCACUAUAUUUUCUAGGGUACAGGCUAUUGAGAAAACGUUCAAAAAUGAACUUUCGGACAUUAACUGUGAGCAAUUCAGACCACUUUUCGAUCGCUUAGCAAUAUUCCAGGAGAAAUUCGACGCAAUCCAAACUGAAUUAAUAAAUCUUAACUCGAAUCUUCCACACGAAUCGAGAGUACGAACGGAUCAAAUUCAGGAGGAAUUCGAUGAAAUCAUUCUUGCAGCAGAAGUAACCUUUCUCUCAAUUACACCUAAAAUCUUGCGUAAUUCUACCCCAACCUCUGAGAACACUUCGGCCAAGUCUCAAUCAUCAUCUACGGCGAACGUUAGGCUACCCAAAUUAGAGUUGCCCCAGUUUUCGGGCAAAUUGGAAGACUGGCGGUCUUUUUACAACCUGUUUAGCGUAUCCGUGCAUGAUGUGAAGGAGUUAGCAAAAGUGAAAAAAUUUCAAUACUUGCUCACUUCCCUGAAGGGUGAGGCGCUAGAUUUGGUUAAAGGGUUGGAUAUCACUGAUUCCAACUACGAUGUAGCAUGGCAAAUCCUGUGCCAACGUUUUCAAUGCGAGCGAAGGCAUAUAUUUCACCACUUUAAUGGAUUACUCAACCUUCCUGAGAUUAAGGACGUUACGCAUAUUCCGUCGUUCCUCACCAAGUAUAGGGAGCACACCCAGGCUCUUGAAGGGCUAAAACAUGAACUCUCUGAAUAUGCAUCCAUGUUGACGGCCGUAAUUGUCCAGAAAAUGUCAUUUUAUUUUAGAAAGCGCCUCGAUGACUUUCGCGGUGCUGAGGUCAAAUAUCCGACCAUCGAAGAAAUAGUUGAAUUUUUGGAAAAGGAGUGCUUGCAGCUGGACGGCACCUCCGCAAAAUCAAGUGACCAUAAGGCCAAACCCAACCAAACCAAGCAAGUUCACCUAUCCAAAACCGAAGAUACGAACCAAUCUAGCGGCAAAUCCUACCCACCUGCGACAUGUCCACUUUGUGAAGCUGACCAUAUACUUUUCCGAU